AUGCUAGCUGUUUCUGCGUGCCCAUGGAAGGUGCAAGCUGUGCCGUGUGCUUUAUCGCGGUCCCCGCCUGAAGCUAGAAGCGCUAUGCGUGCUGGAUGGGAGGAGGCUUUUGGAUUUGUUGGGUUGGCUUGCUGCUUGUGGUCAGCCACUUGCCGCGGCCAUGGGGGGCGUUGCUCCCGUUGCUCCCGGCGCUCUGCAGACACUUGGGUGGCGCCUUUGGUCCACACCAAGGGGGCGCCGAGCAAAGGGAACUUGGCUUUGGGCGCCGUGGAGCAGAACGAGGUGAGGCGUUUGUACGGGCAGGUCUUCAGCCCUGAGCUCCAGGCCUGGAAGCCAGUGCUUUUGCAGCAGACUGGGCCGCAGCGAUGGGAAGAUGGGGGGGGCCUCUGCUUGGAUUUGUCCCUGGAAGAUCUCAUUGCAGCCGUGCCGGGCAGAGAAGGUGUGGAAGAGCCAGCGCCCGCCUGGCCAGCGGAGCUUCGUGAGGAGCUGGCGCAGUGGCCGCUGAAGGGGCCGGGCACGUUGGUCUUUGACCCCAACUUCUUUGUGCAGCGGGGUGCUGCCCGGGUGCUGCUGGGCCCUGGGCCAGUACUCUUCCCAGGGGCUGCGGCUGCGCUGGGGCUGCCCACCGCUGAUUGCACACAGGCACUGAGAGCAGCUGUGGCCGGCCGCAGCCUGCAAGCAGUACUGGGGAAGGCGGAUUCAAUGGAAGGUUUGCUGGGAGGGCUGCCGCCGAGCCUCCAAUCUGGGCAUUUUGACCUUCCGACAGAUGCAUCCAGCACCUGCGAGGCGGUCAUGCACCAGCCGCUUGAUGUGUUAGAGCUGGAGUCUCGCUCCUGGACGUGCGGGGCAGUGGUUCGAGAACUGAAGGGGCCAGAGGCAGGAUGUAUUGGAUGCCGCGUGGGUGACUUCAUUUCCAAGAUUGACGGCGCAGAUGUGAUGGACCUGCCUUUUGAUGACGUUGUCCGACGACUGAGAGCGGGCCCUUUGAAGGUGAGCUUUGCAAGGCCGGACAGGACGGACUUUAUGUAUUUGAGAGAAGUGCCGGCAGUACCAGAAUCCAUGGCGCCCUUCCUUGGUGGUGAGCCUGUUGACAUGCAGCAGCUGGUCCCGGCUUUGGCUGAGCACUUGGCGGGCGGCGACCUUUUUUUCCACCGAGCUACCCCUAUGCUCUUUGCCGGGGAUGGCGGCACUGCCUCGCACUUGCACAUCGAUGCUCAAGGCACUCCACUGGUGCAGUUCUGCCACGUGCUCCACGGCACCAAGCUCCUCCUCACGGCACCGAGGGCCGACGCGGAGCCCGGGCCCGUGCUGCCGUGGGGCUCGGAAGCGUCGGAGGUCCGGUUCCCCGCAGGAGGCGUCCUGCAGCAGGAGGCUGCGGAGUGGCUGCUGCGGCCGGAGGUGUCGGUGGCUGCGGCGGGGCCUGGGGACCUGCUGCUCUUCCAGGGCCAAGCUCCGCACGCGGGCUGCAACGGCACGGGGGAGCUCAACGUGUCGCUGUUUCACAGCGCGCAGCCCAUCAGAGCCAUGCUGGAAGGUGCCUUUGGGCCUGCGUACCAGGCCUUGGCCCAGCGGAUGACAAGCGGAAAAAGCUUUUGCGGCCACUUGCCCACAUGCGUAGCCUGCAGUGUCUAG